AUGCCCGAAAGUAUAGAGCUUUCAGACUUGAAGCACAAACCGUUUUUUGAAUAUGAAAAACCAGAGGGCCGCUUGAGCCCGCAAAACCGACGAAAAAUAUGGCUCCAUAUCCUACUAGAGACUAUUGCAUCCGUGGUGAUCUACUCAUCUUACACCAAGCUUGUUCUGCUAUACCUGUUCUUGGCUCCUACGCUAUUGGGAGCAUCAACGGCAGCUCUAGCUCAGUCCAUGAACCAGCUCUACAAGGGCAGACUAUCGGUUUCGAAGUUGCUUAAAUUCUUGAUAUGGGGAUGCAUCAACGGCUGCUUCACCGCCUUGUGGAUCGACACUCUUGUGGCCAGAGUGGACUCUGUGUUCUAUAGAAUAUUGAUUGAUCAGUUGAUCGGCGCUCCUUCCUUCCAGUUGACAUUUCACUUGCUUGGUAAAGUGUGGGAUGUGGCCGAACCGGCAUCUCAUACUGCUACUGGCCAUUUGUGUCCAUUGCCAUGUUUGUCUUCAUUCCGCCGCUGUUGA